AUGGUGCUUCACCAUCAUUUCAGUCUUACGUUGGCAACGCCGCCCUUGAUUGCCGAAGCUGGAUUAAGCCGAAUUGAAGAGCCUUCAAGAUUGGAAGAUGAUGUGUUUGAGGACUUGGAAACUUUACAACUUCGGCCUGCGAAACGCAUGACGCUUGCUGAUCAGGAGCUCCAUCAUGGUUUUCUAAAUCCGCAGUCAACGCAUUUCUUCCAGCAUGCUAUUGCUGAUUUUCAUGCACCUGAGCAAUUCUUAUUUGCACAUGACCGUAUUUCCAAAGGCUGGGUGGAACCAGCAACCUCCGACCCUUUGAAAGUAAACACCGGAAGUAUUGGAUCACCAUCAGGAGAAAAUGUGAAUCCAAUGAUAAGCAAUCAUCCCCAUGAAUACGAAGUAUAUCUAGGACCAUUUGGACGGGUCGCCAGUAAGAAUGGAAGAUCCAAUUCCAGAUUGGGCAAACACUCACGAGCCGAACCAACAGGAGAAGUAUACACUCCACUCAAAGUGGCCAAGAAAUUCACCUGGCAUACAUUGGCGGAAUUAUACGAUGAUCCUCAAAAUAUCAACAAUCUUCAUUUACUCGCGUUGACUAGAAUCAAGACUGAAGACAAUGAAGAUACAGAAAUCACUAAAACAUACAACCAACUCAUUGAAACAGAAUGGAAGAAUAUCAAUCACCUGGAAUCCACGCGUCCAGAAGCCCACUUGAAAGAGAUACGAAUCAUGAUUUUUAAGAUCCGGAAUUCAGCUGCAAAGGACGGGUACGAAUACCAGAUGAGACCGGUGAAGAAUGAGAUGAUUGUGAUCAAAAGAGACCUCCGUUGUCGAGCCGCUAGAAUCAUCAAUGCCCUUAUCCGUUAUCACAAUUUGGAACUCCGGAUAGGUGGCCACUACUUGGCCGAAUUGAAAUGA